AUGGUUGCCACGCAGAAUCGGUGCAUAGAUUCGCCAGUAUGGGGGCGCACCUACUCACCUGCAGACUUUCCAAAGCCUGAUCAAAGCAAGGCAGCCUCAGGAGGCCAACAGACUGGUGCUGAGGGGAGCAUUCACCUUAGAGCAAGCAACUCAAUGCCAAGUGGGGUGCCAUGGUAUGGGUUUAAACAAGAGCCGCCGCCCCACUCCAUGCCUCAACGCGCGAGCCCAGAAGCUCAAACACCAGCAUACAUCCUUCAGGAGAGCCCUACACGAAUGUGGAGGAGCCCGGGGAGCGUCUCUUCUCGAUUUGGAGGUGCUCCCUGUGCAUACGAUGGGUAUACAUCCCGAUCAAGCGUUGUUUCAUACGUUCCCCCCAAAGAUGUUAGGAGGGCUUGUCGUGCCCAUAUUGUCAAGCAGACGUCCCUUUCAGAACGACCACCAGUCAUUUCUCAGAAUUAUAAUCCCAGUGGCCUCUCACCGGCUGGAGAAGCAUCAAAGCCUGAAAAGGUUAUUGGUCCUCAUGUUCGGCGUGUUGAGCCACCGGUGUUAUUCAGUUCCUUUUUUGACAGAAUGCAACUUGAUCACAUUGUUGCAGCUAAGGACAAGAUCCUCAAGAAGGUUAAGAACCGGGAUACCGAAGGAACUGCUAGCUUUAAAGCCUCAUCCGACACCAGCAUCUCUGACGAUGGGCGCAGCACUAGAGACCCAGCGAUGCAGUUCAUGGGAGCAGUUGACCUUCGCAGUCUGUACAACACAUACCAGAAAAGUGAGGAAAUUCGAGCAUCUAUGAGUGACAGAGAGACGUCUGCAUCUCAAGGCACAGCCGAACCAUCCCCUCCAGCAUCUGAUUCAGAGAUUGAGGCCUAUGUACCAAAAGAUAAAGUUUUCCGUACUGAAGCAGCUGCCCGGCUAGCUGCUUCACCAAACCCAGGUAAGAUAUCCUCCCAUGUUGCUAACACUCUUGGAAUGCGCGUUGUGAGCGCGUGGCCCAAGCCUUCUGAACAACAGCCCUCAUCCCGGCGUCAUAUGGACCAGAAAUCAGCAACGCAGUCACGGCAGUCAAGGUCCUCGAGCCGUCGAGUUUGCAGGAUCACCUAUCGACGUAGGGACGACGCAAAAAGCCCUCCACCUGACCUUCCUCGUCAUGCACUAAACAAAGUUGCAGCGGAAGGUUCGUAUACACACAUGAUACCUGUUUCCGGAAACGGCAACAUGAAGGGUCUGGUAUCAUGUACGCCAUAUUCCUGGGUUUCCAAGAGUCGCCACCCAGAUCAAGCAUCAGCUCGCGUUGUUGAGUCCAUGGGCUACCGCUACUUUGUUUUCAAUAUUCCGGAGAAGGAGAUGAUUAGCAGCGUUGACUUUUCUCUAAAAUCGUGCAUCAGCCAGGGCAGCUUUGGCACAGUGUACAAAGCCGUGUGGAAGGGUGAAGUCGUGGCUAUAAAACAAGCCCAUGGCAAAAUGACGUUGGAGGCAAUGAGAUCCGUUGCCAGGGAGAUAAAUUCCUACCGCAUGAUUCAACACCCCUUUAUUGUCCGUUACUACGGUGUGUGUAUUGAUCAAAACUUUGUGGGUUUAGUGACUGAAUAUCUAGAUGGGGGGAAUAUUUUCGACAUUUUGUAUGAAAACAAAACAAAUAUUCCUGCGGAUAUUCGACUAAGGAUGUGUAGGCAACUAAUAGAAGCUGUUCACUUCCUGCAUACGGAGAAGCGCCUUGUCCACAGAGACCUCAAGACAGCGAAUCUCGUUGUUGAUAGUGAGUACAAUAUUCGGCUCUGCGACUUCGGCAAGACUAGGUCAUUAGAGCAGCACGGGAAGCUUAAGCUAGAAGACAACGGAGGGUCUCCACGUUACAUGGCUCCUGAAUGCUUUGUGGAAGGCAAUUACGUGGAUGAGAAGCUAGAUCUUUGGGGAUUGGCAUGCUGCCUCAUUGAAAUACUCGGGGGUCCGAUUCCUUUCGAAGACAUCCAUUCCAACGAAGGUAUGUCUCCUUCUUGA